AUGGUGUCCAAACUGAUGCUCGUUUUCGUCGCGACAGACGUCGUCUUCGCUAUGUGUGGUGGUCUACUAGUAGGCUUCUCGCUGAUAGCCGAAACAAACAUGCGGGCGACCCCAACGACGGACAACGCCGCGCAGCGCCUGUUGCUCAACCAGUGUCCGUUAACAGCCGGCGUGGUAAAUGCCGCCUUGGUCUUCAUCACAUUCGUGUUCUCAGUCCCCGCCUUCUUUCUCCCAUCAAACCGAGGCUGGCUUCGUAUGCAUGGCUGGCUCGUCGUCUUUUGCGCAACCUUCACGCUCGGCCUAGGUCUCGCUGUGUGGGUAGAAACGCUAACGACUCGGAAAAACCUGGGCGCCAUGUGGGCAGAAGAAGUGCCGCUGGUUCAGAGUCUUUUGCAGCAAAAGUUUAACUGCUGCGGAUACUUUAACUCAACUUCACCACAAUUCAUCCAAGACAAUGUCUGCACUGACAAGCUCGUUGCGGCCCAGAAGGGUGGAUGUAUUGGCAAAUUCUCGAGUUUUGCUAACGGCUAUUUGGACCUGAUCUUCACCGCUGCGUUCGGUAUUGUCGGCGUGGACGUCGUACUAAUUCUCUGCGUCGCCAUGGUCUUAAAGUUCAGGCAAGAGCAGGAGAGGUACAGGCAUAUUGACGAGAAGAACGGCUUAGGCGCACUAUGA